UUGAGAGCGAGUUAGCUGGCUAGGCUAGGCUAGGCUAGGCCAAGCUAGCUACCGUUCGCCAUUGUCGUCCUGUUAACGCUAGAGCGUGUUUAAUGCGGUUCAGCUGUUGUUUUGAACGCAGGGUCGGGCCUCGGUGAUACCGAGCUACAAAUAUUUCGUGCUGUUUGUUAGUUAUUUUUCCCCCAAGCGGGAAUUGGCGGGCUGAGUUUGGACAUGGAUUUUAGAUAGCCAUUUAGCUGUUAGCUGACAAGCUAACCCACCUAAAGUCAAGUUGGCCAAAGUAACCGAAGAGUCUGUUUCAGCGCUCGGUGCUUUUCAAACUUCUGUGUGAGGGUUACGAGGCGCCACAGAGUCGGGUUUCUUCUUGCUCUUUCUUUUUGGCCUCCGCCUGGACUAAACUUGAGGAAGACGCGCUAGCCUCGGAACCGUGUCCUCCUCCGUCUCUCUGGACACGAUGUUGUCCAACUCCCAGACCCAGCCGCUGUUCCCCAACCAGCCGCCUCAGCAGCAGCAGAACCCAGCGCAGUUCCCCCAGUUCUCCAAGCCCACGCUUCAAAUCAAGAAGAAUGCCAUAACGGACGACUACAAGAUCACCGGGCAGGUCCUCGGGCUGGGUAUCAACGGGAAGGUGUUGGAGAUCUAUGAGAAGAAGCACGGGGCGAAGUACGCGCUGAAGAUGCUGCAAGACUGCCCAAAAGCCAGACGAGAGGUGGACCUCCACUGGCGAGCGUCACCCUGCACCCACAUCGUCUGCAUCGUUGACGUGUACGAGAACCUCUACCAGGGCCGGAAAUGCUUACUCAUCAUAAUGGAAUGCAUGGAUGGCGGUGAGUUGUUCAGCCGGAUUCAGGACCGUGGGGACCAGGCAUUCACAGAAAGAGAGGCCUCUGACAUCAUGAAGAGUAUAGGAGAAGCCAUCCUUUUCCUUCAUGCCAGCAACAUUGCUCACAGAGAUGUCAAGCCAGAGAACCUCUUAUACACCUCGAAACGGCCCAAUGCAACCCUCAAACUGACAGACUUUGGCUUUGCCAAGGAGACGACCACACACAAUUCGCUGAAUACUCCAUGCUACACGCCUUAUUACGUCGCCCCUGAAGUUCUUGGUCCAGAAAAAUAUGACAAGUCCUGUGACAUGUGGUCUUUGGGUGUCAUCAUGUACAUUCUGCUCUGUGGCUACCCACCUUUUUAUUCCAACCAUGGGCUUGCCAUUUCUCCCGGGAUGAAGACGAGAAUCCGUAUGGGGCAGUAUGAAUUUCCUAAUCCCGAAUGGUCCGAGGUCUCAGAAGAAGCCAAGCAGCUUAUCAGAAUGCUGCUGAAGACGGAACCCACGCUAAGGAUGACCAUCACGGAGUUCAUGAACCAUCCCUGGAUCAACCAAUCGAUGGAAGUGCCCCAGACACCCCUCCACACCAGCCGUGUGCUGAAGGAAGAGAAGGACACCUGGGAGGACGUAAAGGAGGAGAUGACUAGUGCCCUGGCAACAAUGAGAGUAGAUUAUGAGCAGAUCAAAAUCAAAACCAUUGAGGACUCCACCAAUCCUUUGCUGAUAAAGAGGAGGAAGAAAGCCAACAUGGCUACUAAGAAUCAAACCCCAGCCUGCUGAGUGUUGGUCUCCAGCUCUCCAUGUGUACACACACACACACCUUCAAAAAGUCAAAUGCAUACUUUCAAAAGGUUUAAAAAGGAAGCAAUAAUUCAUGAAAAUGGGUAAAAAGUGUGAGCGAAUGGUAAUUCCUUAAAACUAUUUUUUUAUCCUAAUCUUUUUCUCUUUUAAUGUUUGUUUGUUUUUAAUGAAUCAUUUUAUUACUCAAACAUUGUAACUAAUCAGCCACUCUGCACCCUGACAUCAGGUUAGAACAUCUGGAGAGCAAAAAGAUUAUGAAUUUAAAGAGUUAAUGUCUGUAUAAUCUCCCAUUAUUAUGGCAUCAUAAUUACUGUUUUCCUCACAUGGUGAAUUGGGUUAUUAGAAUACUUAAGAAACGUUAGAGCGCUCUGUAUUCUAAAUCAACACCUUUUGGUUCAUUUGUCACGCACACUUGUUACUGCAGUUUAAUUUCAUACUACUCUUUUAUGUUAUGUGGAUUUACAAAGAGUUGCACUGUAUAUCUAUAGGACACCCAGUUUGUGGAUGUAUAACUCAGGCUCUCAUGACAGGCCAGCUCGAGGAACUUGAGCCAUAUGCAAGCUUCCUCACCGAGCACGUUCAGCCCUUUCUCACACACACACACACCCCUUCUCAGAAACACCCCUGCAAUUGUAUUGUUUGCUAAUUCCAAAUAAUGUGAUGCGCUGUAGGUGCCAACGUGUGGAUGGGGCAGGCGCGUUUCUGAAACGACUUGUGGAAUGUAGACGAUAUCUGUGACGCGUUAGACGCGACACUCUUGUACUCCCGUCCGAGCAACAUCCACUCUCAGCGCUCAGACUUUUCAGACCUGCAGGUUUUGAGUGGCCUCUCUUGUUGAGGUUUGUCCAUUUGAUUUGAAAGUAAUGGGACCUCCUCCGUCUCCUUUGCGGAGUCUUGCCUAAUUAUUGAGGAAACUCCCUUUCCAACAUUUUAUUCCUGCUUUACCUUCUCCAUGCUUGACUCUGGGUUCAGUAUACUGAGUCACCUUGUCAAUGCUAUGCAUAAAAUUUCCCUAACUACUCUCUUCUCCCUUAGUCUUUUUAAAGAAUGUUGGUCAGUGUUUUGUUAAAAAAAAAUAUGUAGAGUGGCUGUACAUUUAAUGCAAAGUUUACACUGUUUUUAACCUUUACCAGUAAACAGCAAAGCCCUUUCUGAGUUGAUCAGAAUACUGAGAGAUCAGUGUGGGGGGUUACGCUCCUCUGUGGGUGUGAAUGGAUACUGCUGGAUGGACAGUUUCUGUUGGGGAAUAACUGGGCUUUCAUAAAAUCAACGUGUUUUUGUACUUUUUAUGCCUUUUUCCUCCCUCAAACAUCCAGCCUCAGUACCCAGUAAACAUGUCAGAACAAACCAUUUGAGAAGAGCUAUAUUUUGACCCCUCUGACUUCAAGCCCCAACUGCUAUGCUGGUUUUCUCUGUUUCUCCUAUAUGCGGUUGUAUUGCAGGAAUCCUAUUUUAAUUGAUGCAAGCCCAGUUGAUGCAGAGUAGUAGCAGGUUUAAUGGUAGAACGUGUCUUGCUUUAUGGGGAAAGAAGUGUACAGGAGAUCUUCCAGCUUGACUGGCUUUGCACUGAUGGUAUGUCUGGCUGUGUUGUAAAAAAAAAAAAAAAUUGAGUCCAUAUGCUCAAAUUUGAAUACAGUUUGUGUUGAAAGUACGCAUGUUGACUAACACAAGAUCACCCAAAGUGACCCAGAUUUCUGCGCCGACUUCUGAUGUGCUUGUUGUUGUUCAAUCUGCGAUUUGGAAGAAUUUUCUUUGCAUUUCUUUGAUCCUUUUGUUCUAAUUAUUCUUAUUCAUUUGUAAGCCAUUGUUACACUUUUUUUUUUUUUUUUCUCCCAAUUUCACAAAGAUGGCUUUUUGCCUGGAAAAAGACAUAUAGAAUGUAGAAUUGUUGCCCAAGUCCGAGGAUAACCUGCAGGGGAGUCAAAGGAAAUGUUUUCCAUGUUCAACUGCUGUACCUAGGUCUUGGUCUGUUUCAAAUUUGGAUUAAAACACAUGAAAACAAA